AUGGGACUAAGGAGAUUGGUGUUCUUGCUGGCGAUUUCGUCUUUUCUCCUCUCUGUUUCAAGUGGAAGUGGUGUUCUCAAGUUGAAGAGCGAUGAUGGUCGACUUCAUUACAACCAUACUCUUACCCUUACACUUGUGGAGUAUGCUUCUGCGGUCUAUAUGUCUGAUUUGUCAGAACUCUUCAAUUGGACGUGCAAGAGAUGCAAUGGUUUCACAAAGGGUUUCGAAGUAAUAGAGAUAAUAUUUGACGUUGAGCACUGCUUACAGGCAUAUGUUGGGGUGGCAAAGAAUUUGAAUGCUAUCGUUAUUGCAUUCCGGGGAACUCAACAACACAGCAUACAAAAUUGGGUCUCAGACUUGUUCUGGAAACAGCUCGAUCUAAAUUACCCUGACAUGUCAGAUGCAAUGGUUCACCAUGGAUUUUACAGUGCUUAUCAUAAUACAACUGUACGGCCCGCAGUGUUGAGUGCGGUACAACGAGCAAAGAAAUCCUAUGGUCCGAACAUCAACAUCAUGGUGACUGGUCAUUCAAUGGGAGGAGCCAUGGCUACCUUUUGUGGGCUAGACCUAGUAGUAAAUGUAGGAGAGGAAAAGGUACAGGUCAUGACAUUUGGGCAACCUCGUGUUGGAAAUGCAGCUUUUGCAUCUUAUUACAGUUUGCUUGUGCCUAAAACCUUCCGGAUCACGCAUGGCCAUGAUGUUGUUCCUCAUCUGCCUCCUUUCUAUAAUCAUUUUCCUCAAAAAACAUACCACCACUUCCCAACAGAGGUGUGGCUAAGAGAUGCCAGUUCUUCGAAUCUUGGUAGUGUGGAAAAAGUUUGUGACCACACCGGUGAAGAUCCUACAUGCAGCAGAUCGGUGAAGGGCAAUAGCAUAUCUGACCAUCUAAGGUACUUUGGAGUAGAGUUGCAUUGUGAGGCUUGGAGGCAAUGCUCAAUAGUGAUGAGCCAUGAGAUGGAUAGAUUCAGCAAGAAAGAUUCAAAGGGUAACCUAAUCAUGUCGAGGACUCUUCCUUCCACGAACGGUUAUGUGGUUGUGUUUAUUGCCAUCUUCUUGCAGAAGAAUAUGGAACAGAAGAGAUGGUUCUUGCUCUUGCUAGCAAUAAUUGCAUGUCUUCUUUUCUUUUCAGAUGGAAAAGUUCUCAAAUUGAAGAGUGAUGAUGGUCGACCUGUUUACAACCAUACACUUGCCUUAACACUUGUGGAGUAUACUUCUGCUGUCUAUAUGUCUGAUUUGGCACAACUCUUUACUUGGACCUGCGAAAGAUGCAAUGGUUUGACAAAGGGUUUCCAAGUCAUUGAGAUCAUAGUUGACAUUGAGCACUGCCUACAGGCAUAUGUUGGGGUGGCAAAGGAUUUGAAUGCUAUUGUUAUUGCAUUCCGGGGAACUCAAGAACACAGCAUACAAAAUUGGAUCUCAGACUUGUUCUGGAAACAGCUUGAUCUGAAUUACCCUGAUAUGCCAGAUGCAAUGGUUCACCAUGGCUUUUAUAGUGCUUAUCACAAUACAACAGUACGACCUGCAGUUUUGGGUGCAGUAAAACGGGCGAAGAAACUCUAUGGGGAGAACAUCAACAUCAUGGUGACUGGUCAUUCAAUGGGAGGAGCCAUGGCUGCCUUUUGUGGGCUAGACCUAGUUGUAAAUGAAGGAGAAGAAAACGUACAGGUCAUGACAUUUGGGCAACCUCGUAUUGGGAAUGCUGAUUUUGCAUCUUAUUACAGUUCGCUUGUGCCUAAUACCUUCAGAAUCACACAUGACAGAGAUAUAGUCCCUCAUCUUCCUCCUUACUUUUAUUAUUUCCCUCAGAAAACAUACCACCACUUCCCAACAGAGGUGUGGGUGAGAGACCUUAGUGUUUUGAAACUUGUUCGUUUUGGUGUUGAGAAAGUUUGUGACAACACCGGUGAAGAUCCUACAUGCUGCAGAUCGGUAAUGGGAAUUAGCAUAUCAGACCAUUUAAGGUACUUUGGGGUAGAUAUGAUGUGUGAGACAUGGAGACAAUGCAACAUUGUGAUGAUGAGUGCUGAGAUGGAGAGUUACAGCAGGAAAGAUUCAAAGGGUAACAUAUUCCUGUCUCAGACAGUUCCUUCCACUGAAACCAUCCAAAACAGGAGUCUCUAG